UCAAAAUUGUUAGAUUUAUAUUUUCACGCCCAAGCGAGCGAACCUAGUACUUAAAACGGCGCUGCAAAUCCAGUGAUCUCGAGAUCACAGCAAUACUUGACCUGUGGGCUGAGGCGCUCCGACGCUCCGAAUCUGGCACGCCGUCUCCCACGGUUCGGAUCGCAUCGGAUUGGAAUAGAUAAUUAAUUCCUCACCACAGCCCAAUCAAAUACAUGAACUCGUCAAUCGUCGGUGGACCCAAUAGCUCGAUCUUCUGCCCCUGUUCCACUCUCCGUCUUCAGGCCACGUAAGCAGUCCUGUCCCUGCACUGCACGCCAAUCUUGCUUCUGUUGGUUGGGUUUUGCCUCCUUCGCAUCUCCCUUCGUUCGUCUCUCGGUUGCGGUUGAAUUCAGGAGCAGAGAGCUCUCAUGAUGGUCUCCAAAUCAAGCGACUCUGCUUCUAAACUCAGAAAAUCACAUGCAGAACAGGCCAGUGAUGAAUUUGGGAAUUUAACACAGAAGAUACAACAGCUGAAAAAGCAGAUUCAAGCAGACAGAGUUCUUUCAAUUAGAGAAAAACUCGAAGAGAACAGAAAGAAGCUAGAAGGCCAUGUUUCUUUGCUUGUGUCAGGAGCAUUCUCGAGAAAUAGUAUUUCAGUCGUGGAGGCCAAUAGUCAAGGUGAAAUGCUUUCUUCAAGAAUUGAAAAUCCAUUUUGCAAGAUUAAUGGAUUUGCUCAAGGAUCUGGUGAUAAAGAACAAAUUAACAUUCAAGAAGUUUUAUUCUCAACAAGUGCCAAGCUUCCAUAUAUUGAGAAGAUACCACCAUAUACUACUUGGAUAUUUUUGGACAGGAAUCAGAGAAUGGCUGAAGAUCAGUCAGUUGUUGGAAGGAGACGUAUUUAUUAUGAUCCACAUGGAAGUGAAGCACUUAUCUGCAGUGAUAGUGAGGAAGAGAUUGCAGAACCAGAGGAAGAGAAACAUGAAUUUUCUGAGGGGGAAGAUCGCAUCCUAUGGAUGACCUUCAAGGAGUAUGGGCUCAAUGAGGAAGUGCUCAACAUUAUUAGUCAAUACAUUGGAGGCACCACUUCUGAAAUCCAGGAGCGUUGUUACAUGCUCAAGGAAAAAAAUCAGGAGAAACAUGACCAAGACUUUAAUGGAGAUGAGGAGAAUGGAUCAGAGAAGAACAACUUGCUGGAAAGAAGUCUUAGUGCUGCAUUAGAUUCUUUUGACAAUCUGUUUUGUCGUCGGUGUUUGGUUUUUGACUGCCGUCUGCAUGGCUGUUCCCAGAGUCCCAUUUAUUCUAAUGAAAAGCAUUCAUAUUCCUCUGAAUCAGAUGAAGAUGGAAAACCUUGCAGUGAUCAGUGUUACCUGAGGUUAAAAUUUGUCCAAGACUUGCCAGAAAGUUCAGUGGUUAAUACCUUACAUAGACCUGAAAGUAAAAGUUCAGACGAGGCAGUCAGGACCCCAGUCCUGCCCAGUUCUGAGGAGGCAGGUGAUGUGAUGCAUUACGAAAUGGGGAAACGUAAGGUCCAAAAAUGUACAAAUACUGAGCCAGAUAGCCUUGUAUUGGCUUCAGAUGAUGUCCAAGGUUCUAGCAAAAAACAGAAAAGUUUAUCAGCUCAGAAAACCGAUAGCAUGGUUUGUGAAGGAUUUCUGAAUGUGGAUUCAAGUUCAAAUACAGAAGUUGGAGACAUUGAAUUUGAGACAGGGUAUAAAAAUGAGCUCCUUAUGCCCAAUAAAGAUGCAGAGCAUUUAUUAUAUGAAUCUGCUUCAGAUAAAUUCAGAUGUCCAGUUGAUGUUCCCAGGCCUGGGCUUGAGGAUCGUGUCAUAUAUGAAGCAAAAGGGAUUAGCCAUGGUACAGAAGUGCCUGUUUUGAAGGAAUCAACCAAUUUUGUGGAAGGACAAGUUGAAGCGGUUUUAAACAACAGUGAGUGGAAACCUUUUGAGAAAGAACUAUACUUGAAGGGAAUAGAGAUGUUUGGGAGAAACAGGCUUUUCAGUUGUCUUAUAGCGAGGAACUUACUCUCUGGCUUGAAGACUUGCAUAGAAGUCUCCAGUUACAUGUACAAUGAUAGUGCUGCACUGCCUUGUGGAGCUAUUGACUUACCAAGUUCAUUUUCAGAAGACAACAAUAAAGUUGAUGCAGAAUUUAUGGAGCGAGAGACACCAACAAGGUCAAGGUUAAUCCGUAGAAGGGGCAGAACACGGAAGCUUAAAUAUUCGUGGAAGUCAGCUGGCCAUCCAUCAAUGUGGAAAAGAAUUGCAGGUGGUAAAAACCAGUCCUGUAAGCAAUAUAAACCAUGUGGAUGUCAGCCUAUGUGUGGAAAGCAAUGCCCUUGUCUGCAUAAUGGAACUUGCUGUGAGAAGUACUGUGGGUGCUCCAAAAGCUGUAAAAACCGGUUCAGGGGAUGCCACUGUGCAAAGAGUCAAUGCAGAAGCCGGCAAUGCCCAUGCUUUGCUGCUGGACGGGAAUGUGAUCCAGAUGUUUGUAGAAACUGUUGGGUUAGCUGUGGGGAUGGUUCAUUAGGUGAGCCACCAAGGCAAGGAGAUGGCCAGUGUGGAAAUAUGAGACUCCUUCUGAGACAACAACAAAGGAUCCUUUUAGCAAAAUCUGAGGUUGCUGGAUGGGGAGCCUUCUUAAAGAACCCUGUCAACAAAAAUGAUUAUCUUGGAGAAUACACUGGUGAAUUGAUUUCACACAGAGAAGCAGAUAAACGUGGGAAGAUUUAUGAUCGUGCAAACUCAUCUUUUCUCUUUGACUUGAAUGAUCAGUAUGUCCUUGAUGCCUACCGCAAAGGUGACAAGCUGAAAUUUGCUAACCACUCGUCAAAUCCCAACUGUUAUGCAAAGGUAAUGCUGGUUGCUGGUGAUCAUCGAGUUGGCAUUUUUGCCAAGGAGCAUAUUGAAGCUAGCGAGGAGCUCUUCUAUGAUUACCGGUAUGGACCUGAUCAAGCUCCUGCCUGGGCUCGAAAGCCAGAGGAUUCAAAGAGAGAUGAUUCAUCGAUUUCUCAAGGUCGAGCGAAGAAACACCAGUCUCAUUGAUGAACCUUCUCGCUGUAAGCUUAAUAUUGUAUAGCUGUAGUAGUGCUCCAUCCUAUUGCUCCUAUGGGGGUAGACCGUUAAGAUUCUACAUCUCUUAAGGGGUCUAGGCUGUGUAGCAUAGACAUGGUGUGCCUUUAUAUAUUUGUAUAGCUCGACUUAAGCACAUUGGAGAUGGGCUAGAAAAUUCUCUAGCUACUUAUUGAAGUAUUAAAAGAAAUAAGACAAUGGAAAUAGAAAUACCACGAAAGAAUAAUACUCUGCUAUAAAGCCAUUUUUUA